UUAACAAGUGAUAAUGGAAGUGACAGCAGCAUUACUUUACCUCAUCAUAGCCAUAGUUUCAGUGGCAUUAUAUUUCGUCAAACGAAAUCUAAACUACUGGAAAGAUCAAGGAAUACCACAUGAAGAACCACAUCUAUUAAUGGGCAAUUUUAGAGGAGUGCGCACCAAAUAUCAAAUAGGUGAGAUAAUAGGAAAUUAUUAUAAAAAAUUUAAGGGUACUGGACCCUUUGCUGGUAUUCACAUAGUACAACGACCCGGAGUGGUACUGUUGGAUAAGGGACUUAUUAAAAAUGUGCUUAUAAAGGAUUUUAAUAACUUUGUUAAUCGUGGCAUGUAUUACAAUGAGAAAAAUGAUCCCUUAACCGGUAAUCUCUUCUUUAUGGAUGGUCAAUUGUGGAAAGUUUUAAGAAACAAAUUGUCACCCACUUUUACUUCGGGUAAGAUGAAGUACAUGUAUCCUACUGUUCUAAAUGUGGCCGAGAAAUUUAUGCAAGUUUUGAAGGAAAAAGUAAAGGAAGACCCUAUAGUGGAUGUACGUGAUAUGUUGGGACGCUUUACCACCGAUGUGAUUAGUAGUGUUGCUUUUGGUAUUGAGGUAAACAGUUUGAGAAAUCCCAAUUCGGAUUUUCCUCGAUUAGGACGAAAAAUAAUAGAACAACCUCGCCAUAAUGCUCUUAUCAUGGCUUUUAUUGAUGGUUUCCCCAAUUUAUCGCGUAAAUUGGGCAUGCGCAUAGUGCCUGAAGAUGUGCAUCAAUUUUUCAUGAAAACUAUAAAAGAUACCAUUGCCUAUAGGGAGAAAAAUCAAAUAGAAAGAAAUGAUUUCAUGAAACUACUGCUGGAUAUUAAAAACAAUAAAGAAUUGUCGGGUUUAACCAUAGAAGAAAUGUGUGCUCAGGUGUUUGUUUUCUUUUUGGGAGGCUUUGAGACUUCCUCUUCUACCAUGUCAUUUGCCUUAUUCGAGUUGGCUUUAAAUACUCAUUUGCAGGAUCGUUUGAGGGAAGAGGUAAAUGAAGCUUAUGACAAACAACAGGGAUUUAACUAUGAAUGUCUCAAGAAUAUGACCUAUUUAGAUCAAGUAUUAUCAGAAACUUUACGUAAAUAUCCUAUUGUGGCUCAACUUAAUCGCCAGGCUGCUCAGGACUAUGCUGUUCCCGGUCAUCCUGAGUAUGUGAUUAAAAAAGGCAUGCCAGUUUUGAUUCCAGUUUUGGGCAUACACCAUGAUCCAGAAUUUUAUCCCAAUCCUCAAGAGUUUGACCCAGAACGUUUCGAUCCUGAAGUGGCGAAACAACGUGAUCCUAUGGAGUAUUUACCUUUUGGCGAUGGACCACGCAAUUGUAUUGGCGAACGUUUUGGCAAAAUGCAAUCCCAUUUAGGUUUAGCCAAUUUAAUUAGAAAUUUCCGUUUCUCUACUUGUUCUAAGACUGAAGUACCCAUUAAGUUAGAUCCUAAGGCUGUAACAUAUUCACCUAAGAAUACUAUUUAUUUGAAAGUGGAAGCUAUUUAGGAUUUUGUUUUACAAAUAUAAAAAUAUGUCGUUAUAUAAAAAAAAAUAAUUUGUUUGUUUGUUAUA